AUGGCCACUCUACCCCAUCCUUCCGCCGACGACGUCGACGACAAAAUCUCCACUUCUGAAGCCGACAAUAAUGCUACUACAACCCAUCGCCUACCACCUAUCGGGAUCAGGAACCUUUCCCCCGAAGAAAGUUUAGCCCUCGAAAACAAGUUGCGUAGAAAAAUUGAUCUGCGACUGAUGCCGAUGUUAAUCUUGAUGUAUAUCCUAAAUUACUUGGACCGAAAUAACAUUGCCGCGGCAAGAUUGGCGGGAUUGGAGGAUGAGUUAAAGUUAACAAGCACGCAGUACCAGACUUGUGUGAGUAUUCUGUUUGUGGGGUAUAUCCUGAUGCAGGUACCUUCAAAUAUGUAUCUCGACAAGAUCGGAAGACCAUCGAUAUAUCUACCUACUUGCAUGGUAAUCUGGGGUGUCAUUUCUGGGGCCACAGGCGGAGUGCAUAACUUUGCGGGAUUGGUGACUUGCAGGUUUGUGCUGGGAUUCGUGGAAGCUGCUUACUUUCCUGGGUGCCUGUUUUAUCUCUCAUCCUGGUAUACUCGUAAAGAGCUUGGCUUCCGAACAGCACUCCUGUACUCCGGUUCCCUGAUAUCCGGAGCCUUCUCCGGCCUUCUCACAGCUGGAAUAACAGAUGGAAUGGACGGCGUUCGCGGAAUCCUCGCGUGGCGAUGGCUCUUUAUUCUUGAGGGUUCUAUCACUGUCGUUGUUGCAGCCGCUGCAUUCUUUAUAAUUCCGGAUUUUCCGAGCACGACGAAAUGGCUUAGCCCGGAGGAGAGAGAUAUGGCUAUGUGGAGGCUGGAGGUGGAUAUCGGAGAGAGUGAUUUGACAGGUUCGGAGAAGCCGGACUUACUUCAUGGGUUGAAGUUAGCUAUGGUCGUCGUAGCGACACUUGGUUAUAGCCGCACAAUCUCACUUCUUCUCACUGCACCGCCAUAUGUUUUAUGCAUGUUCACAGCCUUUUCAAAUGCUCUACACGCGGACAAGACCGGCGAGAGGUACUGGCACAUAACACUGCCACUAUGGGUUGCUUUAGUUGCCUUCAUCAUCGCCGCCAGCACUACAGCUCUUGGCCCGCGUUACCUCUCCAUGAUGCUCAUGGUUCCCGGAAUCUACACGUCCUACGUGGUCAGCUUGUCUUGGAUCUCAAACAUCCUCCCCCGCCCACCUGCGAAGCGUGCCGCCUCAAUCGCCGCAAUCAACGCCGUCUCCAACUCGAGCCAGAUCUGGUCCGCAUACAUGUACCCAAAAUCUGCUGGGCCUAGAUACGUCGUCGCAAUGAGCGUCAACACCGCAAUGACCUUCAUCAGCAUCUUGACAGCGACAAUCCUGAGGAUCCACUUAACGAGACUGAAUAAGAGGCUUGAUGAGGGCCUCCCCGUGCCAGAUGUGGUACCGGACUCCGAGCAGCCCGAGUCGGCGGAAGAGGUAGGGAGGAGGAGGAAGGGGUUCAGAUUCCUGGUCUAA